GCCGGGCUGGGCCGGGUUUUAUUAAUAACCGUAAGAUUCUCCCGAGGUCACCUACAUCCGGGGAACUGUUGAUAGGGACAAGCGCCUGCUCGCCGAGAAAUACACCGUUCUCUACGGUGAUUUACGUUACGUCCCUCGAGGUGGGGUGAAAACACAUAUAAACCAUGUCCGAUGAGAAAGGAGACAAAGGGGAUGAAGAGAAGGUGUAUGGGGGCUGUGAGGGGCCAGAUGCUAUGUACGUGAAGCUGGUAUCAUCAGAUGGUCAUGAGUUUAUUGUGAAAAGAGAUCAUGCUCUUACCUCUGGCACAAUUAAAGCCAUGUUGAGUGGGCCAGGUCAGUUUGCUGAAAACGAAACAAAUGAAAUAAAUUUUAGAGAAAUACCAUCACAUGUUUUACAGAAGGUGUGCAUGUAUUUCACAUACAAAGUACGAUAUACCAACAGUUCAACAGAGAUUCCAGAGUUCCCUAUUGCACCCGAAAUUGCACUCGAGUUACUUAUGGCUGCCAACUUUUUAGACUGUUAGGCUUUAAAUACUUGCUGUAAAUCUUCCAUUGUUACUGUUUAUCUUAUUUCUGAAUGGAGGAUUGUUUUAACUUAAGAAAGUCUAAACGAGUAUUCAGUGUAAGUUUUUAUUUAGAUCACAUACCUUCUGAAAUUGUAACUGAUAACAGCAACAGACAUCGAUAUGUUCCUUAAAUUCAGAAACAACUUUUACCAUUAAGGAUUAUGAAUUUUUUUUGCAAAAUAUUAAUGUAUCAUACCAGUUUUACACUAAUUUCAUGUACAGAACAGUACAAUUAUAGGUAAUAUAUGACCGGGUUAUAUUGUCAGAAGAAAGUUUAAAUGAAAAAAAGUAUUUGAGUUCUUUAGAUAAAGACAGAUCUGUACUUCUCAUUUUAUUGAAUUUCGUAUUAAAGAAACAAUGCUACCAGUAAGUCAUUGACUGGAAAAGUGGCUUGUCAACUUAUUGUGGUUAGUUUUAAGUUUUGUGUUUCUUCACAUGGGAAGGGUUAUUUUACUAUUGGUAUAAAAUUUAAGUAUUGUUACACAAAGGUCAGGAAAAGUUUCAACUUCAAUGUUUUUGAUUUAAGCUUUCAAGAUGCACAUUGGUUUAUUUAAACGUUAGACUAGAUUUACAUUAUUUUUGCUGUAUUCCACCUUUUGUUGUGAAUAUUCUUUAUAUUGUCUCACUGCUGGCAUUGACAUUUUGUGUUCUUUAAACAGUUACUACAUGGACACAGUCGUAAUUGAUUUUGAUAAUAUCAGACAGAAAUUUGCAUGCCCUAAUUUAUAUCUCUGGGAGUCUUCAUAUUUACAAUAUGUGUUGUGCUUGAAAAACGUAUGAAUGCAUUUAUGAAAAUGAAGAUAGUUAACAAUAAAUAAGUUAGUUAUGUUUUAGAGCAUUUUCUAGGGAAAAUGAAUACAAGGGAUUUAGCUACUAUCAAAGGUCACAAUACUUACAUGUUAAAGAACUGUUUUGUGUGUGCUUUGUUUAUACCACUUAGAGAUAUGUUUACUAUUUUGCUUAAUUGUUGUAUUCAUACAAUCUUAAUGAAAUAGAACUUGUAAUCUCGCUAUAGAGAAGAUUUGCGUGCUGUCAAGAUUUUGUCAGUUGUUUUGAUAGCGAUACUGUUUAAUGUGUUUUAUGAAGCCCUGGAUAUGUAAAUAUAAGUAAUAUUUAUGCUUUAUACUGUAUCAACAUUAAGCCAUCUGAGGUACUGAUUUCUAAAUCAAAAUUCAUUCUGUUGUGAGACUGUUGUAAACAAAUUUUUACUUGCUGUUAAUUCUAAAUACACUUAAUCUGACCUGUUUAAAUUCCAAGUAUAACAAUACAUGUUUGAACCCUAAUCAGUUGACCUUUUGAUACAAAUAUAGGCAAUUCUGAUGUAUGUAACUGUCAUUCACAUGCAGAAUGGUGUGUCAGGUUUUAUUGGACAAGAAAUGUUACUGAUGAUUUGAAAUCAGUGACUUUGUAGGAAUAAACAGCUUAUGUUAUGCAAUGAAAUAAAUACAUGUAAGAAAAUUCAUUAUAUACAAGUUAGAAUUUAGUGUUUUUAUGGUGAACUGGUUUGAUUUUUCAAGUUGUUUAGCUAUUUAGGUGUUCUAUAUUUGCUUAAUUGCUACUAAUUGAACAGUUCUAUUCAAUAGUUAUUUUCAGAAUAUUUAGGUCUUAAGUUUUCAACUUCUUAAAUAGGUGAAUAUUUUCAAGUUCACAGCCCAGAAAAAUGUGAUAUCUUCAUAUUUUCUGGUCUGCUGAUUUGAAUAUUGGCUUCUGUAUUCUAUACACUGUAUAUUGUAUACACAUAUCUAAAUGACAUGUACAUGGUAUCUUAUAUCAAUGUGUCUAAAUGAGGUGAACUAAAAUUAUAAUAUGGUAGUAGCAAAGUUCAUAAUUGUGUAUUGUAGAACACUGCUGAUGCUGGCUUAUUGUUUUGCAUGUGGAUGAUGGCUGUCUAGUCUGCAAUUUCAUACUUAAAAAUUGUUAACAAUUUGCAAUAAUACAAAAAGAUGUAUACAUUGUAUUUCACUGAUAUGUAAUGAUCUAAACCUUAUAGAAAAGCUCAUUCGGAAAACUCAUAUUCCAUCGUGUCUUAUGUAUUAUGUCUUUGUUUAUUAUUUAACAAUAAAACAUGGAAAUUUUUCUUA